AUGAUUGAAGCGACUCAAAACUCAUGUGCUGCUCGUUCAAACUCAUUGAUCGUUUCAGCUUCGUGUAAUGAUCAUUAUCCACAGAAACGACAGAGGAUGAAUCAGUAUACGGAGUAUACUUUCGGACCUAGACUCCUUCCCGUUAGGUCAAUAGUUCUGCUUCUGCUUGUUACUUUGAGUCUUUCCAUUUCAUUGAAUGUUCACCCUGAAUUUAAUGUAAAUGCCCGUGAAAUCAAGCCUUCUACCUCUUCUCUUCGUUUAUAUAAUAAGAACAGAAAAUAUCAUGAAAUUGAUUCUUUUCCUAAACCAUCAAUGAACACGAGAAAUUUUAUUGAGCCAGGAGUCAAUAAUUAUCUCACUCCUUUGUAUGGACAUUCGAUUGGUCUCAUUACUAAUCCAUCAGGACAGUCCUACUCUCUUUCAAGAUCCACGAUUGAUUUGUUGCUCGAAUUAUCGAAUGAAGGAAAAUUGAAAUUAAUUGCAUUAUUUGCUCCUGAGCAUGGAGUUUAUGGAGAUAAAGCACCAGGACAAUAUUUUGGGGAUUAUAUUGAUCCUGUGACUCAUUUACCGAUUUAUAGCUUGUAUAAUGAUCAACAUUCUAGAAAUGAUUUAUACAAGCCAUUGCCUUACAUGUUGAAAAAUAUCAGUAUGCUCGUUUUGGAUAUUCAAGAUGUUGGAAUGAGACCUUUUACAUUUAUUAGCACCAUGUGUGAAUCUUUGAUUAGUUCCAAAGAAAAUAAUGUGAAAUUUACAAUUUUAGAUCGAAUUAAUUUAUUGAAUGGAUGUAUAAUUGGAGGACCGAUGCUAAAUUUAAAGUAUAAAAGUUUUAUUGGAAUUUACAAGUUACCGCUCAUCACUGGUAUGACUAUGGGAGAGUUGGCAAAAUUAUUUGACACAGAAAUGAAUAUUAAUAUGGGAGAUCAAUUGACUAUUAUUCCUGUGAAGGAUGACUCUUUGAAUACCUACUCCAAAUAUCGACCGUCAUUCAGAGAAAUUCGAGAAUAUUUCAAACAACCAAUAUUAUAUUUACCGCCAAGCCCAAAUCUUCCUAAUAUAGAUACUGUGGAAUUGUAUUCUGGUUUGGUAUUGUUUGAAGCCAUGUACAAUGUGUCGAUUGGGAGAGGAACCACCAAUCCUUUCCAAGUCAUUGGAGCUCCAUUUAUUGAUUCAAGAAAAUGGCUUAACUUGUUGCAUUCUCAAUAUGAAAAAGAGUUGGCAAUGUAUUUUAAAUAUGUACAGAUUUCAUACCCCACCUAUUUUAUUCCUACUCAGGAUAUUCAUACGAAUAAGCAAUGUGAAGGCAUUCGGUUGGUAUUGAAACCACUCGAGAAUGCAUCAGAUUCGCAAAUUGCAGAAUAUUACCAGAGCUUUUUGCCCAUCUCGUUGACAUUAAUCAAAUCACUUCUGCAGCUCUACGAUGCGAAUCAACUCAUGUGGAGAAACAGUUUUGCCAAAUCAUUAAUUGGAAACGACCAAACCAUCCAGCUCAUCCUAGAUCCAAAAGUGAGCGUAGAAGAAAUUGUACAAUCAUGGCAACCUGAUUUAGAUGCCUUUAAUGGAGUUCGCUCUCGUUAUUUAAUUUACAAGUGA